AUGGACACGUGUCAGGCAUGCGGUAUUCAGACGGACGAUUCCUUGGUCCAGUGUGACCGAUGCGAUUCUUGGUGGCACUUCGGGUGCGUCGGAGUGAGUGACAGCAUCAGCGAGAAGAGCUUCAUCUGCACGAAAUGCUUCAACACUACUCCCCCACCACCGCCGCCGCAUCAUAAUGAGGAUUUGCGAUUACCACCCAUCGAUACCAUGUCUGUGUCAUCCAAAAGGUCGUCGAUCUCGAAUGCGAGCGCUCGAGCUCGGCUAAACCUAGAGAGGCUCGAAGUUAGGAAAGUUCUCGCCGAGAAAAUGCUUAACCUGGAGCUACGGGAACAAGAGAGGAAGCUCGAACUCGCCCGCAUGCAGAAGGAGGGAGAAUUGGAACGCAGGAAACUGGAGAUACAACGAGAUUACGAGGAAGAGAAGCUACGUCUGAUGGAGGAAGAGCUGCUUGAUGCUGCUGAUAGAAGUCUACGUUCCCAGCAGAGCAGUAAUAGUAAGGUACGACAGUGGAGAAGUCAAGUGCAACUCGGCGGAGCCUGUUCGACGAUGCAAUCCCCUGCAGCGAACGAGGUUCUGGGCGAUCGUGAAGCACCGACUGCCACGACGACGACUACUACGACAUCUGUGGAACGCAUUACUACGGUAAGCGGCACCGGUGGUGAAACCAGCGGUAGGCAACCAGCCGGCGACUCUGGCAUUGAAACAGCGACGCACUCAGUAGCGAGGAUGGCAACGGGUUCCGGAAUCGGGACGGUUCGCAAGCAGCCAUCGAACAGCGCACACAAAGGCGAAACGGUAAACUCUUUCCCACCCCCUCCGGCGGCUCCGCCCAAUCAAGUUGUUCCUGAACGGUACCGUAAUGAGUUUCCCGUUGGCGAGGCAGGAUUUGGAUCCGAAACGGUGACGACGAUUCGACCAGCGCCGGUGAUACCAGCACAGCACACAGCGUGCGGUUCAUCUCUAGGACUUCCGGGGAUGAGAUCGGACCCACCAAUGAGCGAUUCACAAUGGGGGAACAGCUUUGAAGUUCAACAGCCAAGUCAGAAUGCCAGUGCGGGACAGGGAUCAUCGUCGUUCGUCACAUCCAGCCAUCCCGAGAGGCAACCAGCGACACAUGUUCAAUCCAGCAUACGUCAUCAAGUCGACGGGCCUUCUUCAACUCAGCUAGCAGCCCGGCAAGUAAUGCCAAGAGAUUUGCCGAUGUUUUCUGGGAACCCGGAAGAUUGGCCAGUAUUCAUCAGCUCGUUCGCCAACUCUUCCCAGGCCUGUGGAUAUACGGACGCUGAAAACUUAAUACGUUUGCAGCGAUGUCUCAAGGGACCAGCGUUGGAGGCUGUUAAAAGUCGCUUACUGUUUCCUGCGGCAGUUCCCCAUGUAAUCGCUACUUUGGAGACAUUGUAUGGGAAGCCGGAACACCUGAUUUUCAUGCUACUCAAAAAGGUUCGAGAAGUUCCAGCACCGAGACCGGACAAGCUGGAGACCCUGAUCGGCUUCGGAAUGGCAGUGCAAAACCUGUGCGAUCACGUGGAGAUGGGACAACAAGUGGCACACCUCAACAACCCUACUCUUCUGUACGAGCUGGUGGACAAGCUACCGGCCAAUUUGAAGCUGGAUUGGGCGAUGUUCAAGCAGCAAGCUCCGAUCACCAACUUGCGAACAUUUGCGCAGUUUAUGUCAAGGCUGGUAACUGCUGCGGCAGAUGUUACGCUCCACAUGGAUCCGAGAACGACGCAGCCUGGAAAGCCGGAGAAAUCGAGGGAAAAGAAUUUUUUGGGAGCACACAGCGGAGCGAGAAGAACGGAGUAUCCUACAAAGUCAGACGUUCCUGUAGGCCAGUCAACUCGGUCGGAGAAUUUCGUUACGUGCCUUGUGUGCAAGGAACCUGGCCACAAGGUUAGGGAAUGCAAAAAGUUUGCGGACAUGACCGUGGAGAAUCGCUGGAAAGCUGUUCAAACCCAUUCACUUUGCCGAACAUGCAUUGGCGCGCACGGAAAACGACCAUGCAAGUCCAAGAAACUGUGUGACGUGGACGGGUGUCAAGCGAGACAUCAUUCUCUCCUUCAUACACAUGGUAACCAAGGGGAACCAGAAACUGCGCACGGAAUCACCAAUCACCACUUCGUUGAUCGUUCGAGUCUUUUCCGAAUUCUACCGGUGACGCUGUAUGCCAACAACCGCUCUAUCAUGGUGUACGCCUUCCUUGACGACGGAUCGUCGAGGACCCUGAUUGAAGAGGAUGUCGUAAAGUACCUGGGAAACGAAGGGGAAGUGAAUCCACUGUGCUUGCAGUGGACAGCGAAUGUUAAGAGAAUCGAGAAAAAAUCGAUGAAGGUUAGCCUGGAGAUUUCCGGAGAACAGAAGAAGCAUCUCUACCAGCUGGUCGAUGUCCGAACAGUGAACCGUCUAGACCUUCCUCGACAGUCAAUCCGCUACACGGAAAUGGUGAAGAAGUACCCUUAUUUGGGCGGACUACCAAUCAAGGAUUAUGAAGACGCUGUUCCUAAGAUCCUCAUCGGUAACGAUAAUUCCCAUCUUGCAGCCGUGUUGAAGAUCCGCGAAGGCAAUCCUCAAGAACCCAUCGCCGCAAAAACACGUCUGGGGUGGACCAUCUACGGAUCGGUGCCAGGCAGCAGUGAGAACGCAUUGAGCUUCCACAUCUGCAGCUGCGAAUCGGAUUCAUCGCUUCACGAGCUGGUGAAGCAAUAUUUUUCUGUGGAAAGCCUCGGGGUGAAGAUUGUCGACGGUCCACAGUCACGAGAGAUCCAGAGGGCAAAUCGCAUACUGGAGAGUUCGACGAAGCGGAUCGGGCAGCGCUACGAGACCGGCUUGCUUUGGAGGUUCGACGUGUUUGAGUUUCCGGAUAGCUAUCAGGCGAAGAAUGCGACUAUAGGAGAAAGCGUGAGGAAGCAGAUGGUCGAAUACCAGGAAAAAGGAUACAUCCACCGGGCGACAGAAGCGGAAUUGAAGGAAGCGGAUCCAAGGAGGACUUGGUAUCUCCCUUUAGGAGUAGCCUUAAAUCCCAAGAAACCGGAGAAGAUCCGAAUAUUCUGUGAUGCUGCGGCUAUGGUAGAUGGAGUAUCUUUGAACUCCAUGCUUUUGAAGGGGCCAGAUCUCCUGAGCUCUCUGCCCGCCGUUCUAUUCGGGUUCCGAGAGAGACGCUACGCCCUCUGUGCCGACAUCAAGGAGAUGUUCCAUCAGAUCCGAAUCAAGAAAGAAGACCGGCACGCUCAGCGACUGUUGUGGCGUGAUUCCCCGGACAAAGAUCCAGCAGUUUACAUUAUGGACGUCGCUACCUUCGGUUCUACCUGCUCCCCUUGUUCGGCACAGUAUGUAAAAAACAUCAAUGCUGUCGAACAUGCAGCGGAGUUUCCGGCGGCAGCGGAGGCUGUUAUCAAGAAACAUUAUGUCGACGAUUAUCUGGACAGCGCGGACACUAUCGACGAAGCAGUGCAGAAGGCUGAGGAAGUGCGAAUCGUUCAUUCCAGAGGAGGUUUCCAUAUCAGGAACUGGAUGUCCAAUUCAGAGGAAGUUCUUCGACGGGUCGGGGAACCCAGUACGGCUACGAAAAAGCAUCUGACCCUGGAUAAAAGCGGCGUAACGGAACGUAUUCUGGGAAUGCUGUGGUGUCCCGAUAAAGAUGAAUUUACCUACUCCACGACCUUGGAAGUGACCACACAUCCACCGACUAAGCGCAUAGUUCUACGAGCGGUCAUGAGUCUGUUUGACCCAUUAGGAUUGAUGUCAUUCUUUGUCAUCCACGGCAAGGUGCUCAUACAGGAUAUUUGGAGGGCAAAAACGGACUGGGACGAGCCAAUCCCGGAGAGAUUAUGUCGAAGAUGGUUCCAGUGGACGAAGCUAUGUGAACAGCUAAACUGUGUUCGCAUUGGCCGUUGUUAUUUCUCGGAUCGUGGUCCUGGAGACUUAGAAUCGCUACAACUUCACGUUUUUGUAGACGCGAGUGAAGGAGCCUACGCCUGCGUAGCGUACUUCAGGGCUGUGUACAGCGGAAAGGUGGAAUUUGCGCUGGUUGCGGCAAAAUCCAAGGUGGCACCGUUGAAGUCCCUGUCCAUCCCUCGUUUGGAGUUGCAGGCCGCAAUACUGGGUGUACGGUUGAAGAAGAUGAUUCGCGAAGCGCACAGUUUACCAAUCGACGAAUGUUUCUACCACACGGACUCCAAGAAUGUAUUAGCCUGGAUAAACUCGGAUCACCGAAACUAUCGACAGUACGUGGCCGUCAGGAUCGGGGAGAUACUGACCGAGUCGAAUGAGAGAGAAUGGCGCUGGAUUCCGACGAAGGAAAACGUUGCGGAUGACGCUACGAAGUGGGGAAAUGGACCCUGCUUUUCGCCAGCUUGUCGGUGGUUCCGAGGACCUGAAUUCCUGUACCGGUCGGAAAAAGAAUGGCCGGUAGACAACCAAGUCAAAUAUGAGACAUCGGAAGAAAUUCGGGCAUGCCUGGUUCAUCGGGAAGACACUAAUACGGAAACGAUCGAAUGGAGUCGUUUUUCAAACUGGAAGCGGCUGUGGCGAAGUGUGGCGUACGUGCAAAGAUUCCUGAGCAACCUGCGGAAGAAAGUGCGUGGCGAACCUCUACAAUACGGAACGUUGACGCAAGAGGAGCUGAUUGCUUCAGAAACCUGCAUUUGGCGACAGGUACAAGAGGCAGCCUAUGGAGAAGAACUUCGAGUACUGGAGACUGCGAAGCGAGAAAAUGUACGAGCACGAUUGGAACGGAACAGCAAGCUACGUCAGCUAUCGCCUUUCCUGGAUGCCGCGGGUGUAUUGCGCUCAGAGAGCCGCAUUCAGAAGGCGUAUUUUGCGUCAUAUGACACCAUGUGUCCCAUAAUACUUCCCAAGGAUAACCCGGUUACAGUGCUACUCGUGGAAUCGUAUCAUAGGAAAUACCUCCAUGCGAACGGCGAGACGGUGCUAAAUGAGAUGCGACAGCGGUUCCACAUUCCCGGUCAUCGAACGCUGAUACGUACUAUAACGAAACGCUGCAAUCGAUGUCGGAUUCGGAAUGCUGCUCCCGUUGUACCACGAAUGGCACCGCUUCCAACAGCAAGACUCCAAGCUUACGUUCGACCUUUUUCCUACGUAGGCCUGGACUAUUUCGGUCCAUUGGCGGUGCGCGUAGGCAGAGCGACGGCGAAAAGGUGGAUUGCUCUGUUUACGUGCUUGACUAUCCGGGCAGUCCACCUGGAAGUAGUCCACUCUCUCAGUACGGAAUCCUGCAAGAUGGCCAUUCGUCGUUUUGUAGCCCGGCGUGGCGCUCCAGUGGAAAUACACAGCGACAAUGGCACCAACUUUGUUGGUGCCAAUAAUGAACUUCGACGAGAAAUUGAGAACACUAGCGCUGAACUCGCAGAAACGUUCACCAACACCAAUACGAAAUGGUGUUUCAUUCCGCCUGCAGCGCCUCACAUGGGCGGGUCGUGGGAGAGAUUAGUACGAUCUAUCAAGACGGCUCUGGAAGCUAUGUACACUACAAGGAAUCCGGAUGAAGAAACCUUCGCAACACUGAUCGUCGAAGCUGAAGCCGUCGUAAACUCGCGCCCACUCACUUUCAUCCCGGUUGAUCCAGGACAGCAAGAGGCUUUAACGCCAAAUCAUUUUUUUGUUGAUGAGUUCGAGCGGAGCAACACAGCCGGCGAAGGCUUUGGAGGAGGCCACCCAGGCGUGCAGGAGCAGCUGGAAUCUAUGUCGGGUCAUGGUGGACUCGUUCUGGCGCCGUUGGAUACGCGAGUACCUACCCAUGAUUGCCCGGAGAACUAG